CGAGAGCUACACUGCAAGCUUAUAGAACAGGAUACGCAAGAGACGCAGUGAUGAUCAGAUACCUCACAUUCCUGGUGAUCCUGGUCGGUGGUCGCGCCUCUGCUGCCGGUUAUGGGGCUCAGCAACAGGCAUGUGUAAUCACCACCACUGCAGUUGUAGAGGCCCCUCGCUAUGUAACCCAGACUCUGACCAAGCCUGUCUACGUCACAGAUUACCAGACCAAGUACCAGACCCAGUAUCAAACCCGGUACCAGACCCAGUAUGUUUCGAAAGUAGAGGAGGUGCCCGUGUAUCAUACCAAGACAGUGCCCCAAUACUAUACCAAGACGCAGCAAGUGGCAAACUAUAUUACUCAGACAGUUCCCAGCUACAUUACCAAAACUGUCAAGCAGACAUAUUACGUCUCUAUACCUUGCAAAAUAACAGCUGGAAACUCCGGAGGCUAUGGGAGGAGACGUUAAAAGAACUACCAUACUACCAUACAAUAUAUUUUUUUUCAUUAUCGACUCGAUGAUACCUUUGUGAAGUUAGCGACGACUGUCUGAAUCCGACGCGCCCGAAUAAUGACGGUUUUCAAAUUAUCUCCCCAAUCAUUAUGCAAUAAUCAACAAACUGUCAACUAUCAUCAGUCAUUACCAGCCUUUCAGGUGCACUUAUCAUGAUAAAAAGAAUGUAUUGGAUGUAUAACAAGGACAAACAAUUAUGCAAACGUAAUCUACAAUCCUUUAUCUUUUCAUAUGAUCAUUUGAUUUAU